AUGGCGCUAGCGCUACUGAUCUAUUCGUUUGCACUCAUUCUGGCUGGCAUCGCUACCAUGCACGACCAGUUCGGAUUGGCAGAAGCAGCAUUUUAUAAUUUAGGUGUCAUCUACGGACUGUCAGGAACAAACAUACCAGACCCAUAUUCAACAGUCGACCUUUGUGAAAACAUUGGUAUCAGGAAAACAAGACUUUUGGAGCACAAUGAUCAUGUGAUGCUAGCUCUAAACAACACCGGCCAUUUUGAAGUUAGCAUCGGCGUUAGAAAUGACGAAUUACCUGAGAUUGCAUCAAGUGUCCAAGCUGCACAAUCAUGGUACGAACUCAGAGUGAAACCCUACCAUCAUGGAGUGAUAUUCGACUAUAUUGUUGUCGGCAACGACGCCAUUCCCGGUCCCUACAGCGCGUACCUGGCGCCAGCAUUAGAAAACAUGAUGGAAGCGAUCAGCGUGUGGGAAGCAAGUACUUCUACAAAGGUGACCACUGUGGUGUCCGAUUCUGUUCUAAACCCUAGAUUUCCACCUUCGGUUGCUGCAUUUAAGCCUGAGAUUAAACUAUACAUGGAAAAGGUCCUCAAAGUGAUAAGAAGAAAUAGGGUCCAACCACGACUUAUGGUCAAUGUGUUUCCUUACUAUGAUUAUGCAGCAGGGAUUAUACCCAAAGAUUUUGCAGUAUUUGGCAGAGAUAAAUCCUACUUUUGGGACAGCAACGUAGGUUAUUGGAACAUGUUCGACGCCUUGGUUGAUGCUUUUUAUUGGGCAAUUUCCAGAGUGGGUGAUGGAGUAUAUGUGGCGGUAGCUGCCACCGGUUGGCCUUCUGCCGGAAAUGGUAAUUUCACGACUUCGGCGAUCGCAGCGGAGUAUAAUCAGAACCUUAUGGAACAUAUUGUGAAUGGAAAUGGGACACCGUAUGCCCCAUGGUCCUUUGAUGGGUUUCUUUAUAGCUUGUACAAUGAAGAUCAAAAACCAGUCGGUCCGCGACAACAUUUUGGGCUUUUCAAUCCGGAUCAAACGCCAGCUUAUCCAUUUUCUGUUCCUCAUCCUCUCCCGCCCGAGGCCGAGAGGGUUAUUAAGGGGUGA